AUGUCACAAGGUGAAAACGUUCUUCCGAAUUUCAAUAAUUCAUACAGAGAAACCGCGAUAUCGGAAGACAACAUUGACGAUGAUGAUGCUGAUGAUGAUGAUGAUGAUGUUGCAGAAAAUGAAGGAGGAGUCAAUUCAUCUUCUAGAAGAUUUUGGUCGCAUGCUGAAGACGAGGUCCUUGUGAAGGCUUGGCUUGAGGUUGUUGUAAUAAGUAAACUAACACCAAACAAAAGGGGGCUGAAUUUUGGGGGUAAAAUUGAAAAAAUGUUUGAUAAUGUUAGAUUAUAUAAAGAAAAGUUAUAUAAUGAAGGUGCUGAAGGGGCUACAAAGAGUGAAUUGUUGAAGGUCAGAAACUUAGAGCAACUAAGAAGUCGAUGGAAAAGGAUAGCAGCUUCAUGCGCCAAAUUUUCCGGAGCAUAUGCAAGUGCGGUAGAAAGGAGGGCAAGUGGUGAAUGUGAUAACGAUGAAAUGAAGCUAGCACAUAAAAUAUAUAGGGCUGUUGAAAAUAUUGUCGAUACAUGUAAGAAAAAUACAUCAAACCAAGGAAACAACUCAAAGAGAUCACAUGUCAAUGAAGCUGGUAAGAACAAAGUGAUGAAUGUGCCUUCAGAGUCAUUUCAACAAUGGUUAGAUGUUGUGAAAAACAUGAACAUUACAAGACAAUCUGAAACUGAAAUGGAAAGAGAAAAAUUGAAAUAUGAAAGAGAAAGAGAGAGUACCAAUUCUUCAAAUUCUUCUUCCACCUCUUCCAACAAUUCUGAUAAUAGUAACCAACAAUCUAUUAAUGAUUAUAACCGACGUUGUGAAAGACGCAGACAAGCGAAUCGUGUAGUUGAUCGAAUGAUGGAUGAGUUCAUGGUGGCGAAUAAUCCAUUUGAAUUUUUUCAAACGGAUAAUCAAGUUCCAAGAGCACCAAGGGUCCUUGUACAGAGGAAUCAUGAUGAUAGAAACGACCGUUUGUGGAAUGACUACUUUGCUGACCAACCGCAACAUCCUGAUGCUACCGGUAGACUCGGUGCAUCAUCAUUGCUAAAAUGUACUGCGGCUAUGAGGUUGCUAGUGUAUGGUACCGCUGAUGAUAGUGUUGAAGACUACUUACGGAUUAACGCAUCUCUUGCGCGAGAUUCCUUACAACAUUUUGUUGAAGGAAUUUUGUGUAAUGAUAUCAAUGUUCUUGAUAGAUCUCCAUUAUUUACAGAUGUUUUUGAAGGUCGUGCACCACCUAUUAACUAUGUCGUGAAUGGCCGCCAAUACAAUAUGGGAUAUUAUCUCAUUGAUGGUAUAUACCCAAAAUGGGCGGCAUUCAUUCCCAUGAUAACCCUCCCCAAAAAUGAAAAGGAGGGCCUUUUUUCCAAAUUACAAGAAAGUCGACGAAAGGAUGUGGAACGUGCAUUUGGGAUACUUCAAGCUCGUUUUGCAAUAAUUCGUCAACCUGCUCUAGCUCAUAAUACAUAA